AUGGGCCGUCAAGCCUACUUGGAUAAGAUUGCUUUCGGCCGGUCAGCAUUCGAGCCAACACAGUCCACUACGCGAUCGACUGAUUACAUCCAACUCGAGUCGUCCCAGUCUGAGCUUCCGCGACCCUACCAGGAAGCCACUGCCAACAACUACGUCCAGCUAUACGACGAACGAGGCAAUCCUAUCAAUCCGCGCUCGCGCGACUAUGGGAAGCGGCUUAGAGAUUCUCAGAACGACGUGCUUGCUUCAGUAGGAGUGGUCGAGAGGCGACGCCCCCCCUAUGAGGGCUUACCUGGCUCGUACGAAGAGCGCUUGGAUCUGCUAGAUGCUGAAGAUACGGUGGGGAAUGCGAUCGCCUUGACAACUACUCUCACAGAAAACCUAUGUACGUGGUGGAUAGGGACAAUCAGAGACAGAAUCCUCACUUUCCGAUACAAGCAUGAUGUUCCUUUCGUUCAGAUUGUUGCCUCUGAACGGACGGUAUCUGGAACCUCGAUCAUCUAUGCUGGCUUCGCCUCCCGACUGUUCUCCACUAUGAGCAUAGAAGCCAUCGUGUAUAGUGUGUUCCUGUGCCGGCCAAUCGAUCGUUUACUCCAUGCGACGCGCGCGAGCUCCAAGACACGCUACUUUUUCAGACGAUGGAGGAACUCGCUGAAGAAUGGCCUUCGCUUGGCGCUUGAGGUUUUACUUUAUCCUUUUUCUUAUUAUGCCAGUCUACAACGCCUUGGGCUCAUCCCGGCUGGUUCGCCUUUGCCACCUUUGCAAUGGCUCCUGCCAUUUUCAGCCUCGUCACCAAUACUGCCCUUCUCAUCGCAGUACGACGCUUCUGCUUCUGCUGUAGACUUUCUGAAGGCAUCGUUGACUUCACCAGUACUCCUGGUCUGUGUGGAGCAUUUCUUGGAGCGUUGGGUGUACGCUGCGAUCUACGAAGCUGUCGAAACCUCCAUUAUACAUCCCAACCACGCAGACAUGCAGAGCCGAGACGCGGGCACCAAGGAUCGUGCUACGGCGAUUCUCGGUCUUCGACGACAAUCACCACCUUUAAUCCGUGACUCAAUCAAUAGAUUGCUUCUAGUACUUGGUUGGGGCCAGCCACUUGGCUCAGAAGGUACGGGACGGGAGCAAGCCAACGAGUCUGCGCAUACAAUAGACUCAGCCGAAGGGCGGAUGUUGGAUGUUGGUGGGACUAGUGUCACCAACGUGACUCCUUUAGAGCUUGCAGUUGCGCAGACGCAGGCUCUAUUGUCAGUCGAAUCGUCUGACAUGGAGAGGGUCGCGAUUCCCAUGGAUGCUCUAGAAGAGAUGGUUCGGUCCACGACGCCACCCGCGACGCCACCAAGUCCAACUGGGUUGAUAUCCGACCAGGAAGACAAUGAUCCAAGAAUCAGGAUCACUAAUCGCGAAGGCAUCGUUGAGAUGGAAGUGCGGCUUCCGCCUAGGAUACUUUCCAGUCACACUGAAGUUGCAGAUAGUUUUGCUUCUCUCUCGAAUCGUCGAGCUAUUGCAUCACGGAACGCGGGUCCGAAUCGACGUCAUCAUCGCGUUAGCCAACUUUCUUCGGAGCCAGCCCAAAUGAUCAGUGCGGUAGUGAAGGCACAGAUGGUUGGACUUGCGUUGCUCCCCAUCAGAUUCGUUGUGCUGCGGUUGAUGGCCUCACACUAUGCCGCUAGUCCAGCAGGGUACGCUGGGGUGCGUCGAAGUGUGGAACGACUGCCCAGUGUGGGUGACUUUAGCUGGCGAUGUAUUGGCAUGCAGAUCUCACGCAUAGCGCUCUGUGGCGCGUUGGAGCUGAGUAUCGAUCUCGGAUUAUGGGGACUGCAGUACCUUGCGAUCACCCAAGUUGGGAAGAGUAUUUUUGGAUGGGGUACACUUUGA